AUGGAUCUUCAAACAAUUCCCCCUUUCACACUUUUUUCCAUUUUCCUCCUCUCCAUCAUUGUGACACUAAAACUAAAGAAAAAAAUCAAGAAAAUUGACUCAAUUUCAAAUAUACCACCAGGGCCAUGGAAGCUACCAAUCAUAGGAAACAUACAUAAUCUUAUUGGCUCUCCACCACAUAGAAAAUUAAGAGAAUUGUCAAAUAAAUAUGGCCCUUUAAUGCAUCUUCAACUUGGUGAAGUCUUUUUCAUUAUUGUUUCCUCAGCAGAAUAUGCUAUGGAAAUAAUGAAAACUCAUGAUGUAAUAUUUUCAUCAAGGCCUUCUACACUAACCUCAGAGAUAGUCUUCUAUGAUUCAACAAGUAUAGCUUUUUCACCUUAUGGUGAUUAUUGGAGACAACUUAGAAAGAUUUGUACCGUUGAACUUUUAAGCAUAAAACGUGUUCAAUCUCUUUGGCCAAUAAGAGAACAAGAGAUUAAUAAUCUCAUCAGAAGGAUUGCUUCGGAAGAAGGAAGAGUUGUCAAUCUUUCACAACAAGUUGUGCCAAUGAUGUUUUCAAUCACUUCAAGAGCUGCAUUUGGCAAAAAAUACAUGGAGCAAGAUGAGUUUGUAUCGACUGUAAGAGAAGUGUUGCAACUAGCUGGAGGCUUCUACAUUGGUGACUUGUUUCCUUCCGCGAAAUGGCUUCAGAAUCUUACUGGGAUGAGGCCUAGGCUUGAGAAGUUGCACGAAAAAGUUGAUAGAAUACUUGAGCUGAUUAUCGAUGACCAUAAAGAUAAAAAGUCAAGAAGUAAAGAUGAUUUAGUUGAAGGAGAGGAAGAUUUGAUUGAUGUUCUCUUGAAAUUUGAGGAUAGUAAUAACAGUAGUCAGGAAUUUUCUAUAACUAAAAGAAAUAUCAAGGCCAUUCUAUUUGAUAUUUUCACUGGUGGAAGUGACACAGCAGCAACCACAAUUAACUGGACAUUGGCGGAGAUGAUGAAGGAUCAAAGAGUAAUGAAGAAAGCACAAGCUGAAGUGAGAGUGUUAUUCAAAAAAAGAGGAAAAAUUGAUGAAAUUUUCCUUUCUGAGUUAAUAUACUUGAAAGCAAUAAUCAAAGAGGUCUUAAGAAUGCACCUACCUGGUCCUCUUUUAAUUCCUAGGGUGUGUGCACAAGCAUGUGAGAUUGAUGGUUAUCACAUACCAAUCAAUAGUAGGGUGAUAAUCAAUGCUUGGGCAAUUGGAAGGGAUCCAAAAUAUUGGACUGAUCCAGAUAAGUUUUAUCCUGAAAGAUUUAUUGAUAGUUCUGUUGAUUUCAAAGGAACAAAUUUUGAGUACAUUCCAUUUGGUGCCGGAAGGAGAAUUUGUCCGGGCAUCAACUACGGUAUGGCAAAUGUUGAGCUGACACUUGCUUUGUUAUUGUGCCACUUUGAUUGGAAACUUCCUGGUGGAAUGAAAAAUGAGGAUUUGGACAUGACUGAGCUAUUUGGAGCUUCUGUUAUAAGGAAAGAUGACCUAUAUUUGAUUCCAACUACUUAUCCUUCAUUGAAGUAG